GUAGAACGUUUUCAUAUGAAAUAUUUAAAUAAAAUACGGAAAUAGCGAGAACUACAUCACGCGGUUAGGAAACUAGCCAGCUGAGCACAAUAUUAUGUACAAUGUUCGGUUUUAUACCAUAGGAUGGUUUGAUUCGUACAUGUACAUUUUGUAUGGAGGUGUGCAGACACGAAGUUAGCUAGCUGUUAAAGUAAUUCUAGAUGCUCCAUUAUUAGUAUAUCUCUAUGUGAGCAUGAACAAUUGUUUUUAUUUGUUUUUGUUUUUUUAAUUAAUAUCUUGAGAUAUUUGACUCGGUCCGGUUUUUACCGCAGAUGGUUAAUUAGCCAGCAAGCAACAGCAGUACGUGAGGGUAUUUGGUACGAUAGUCAGUUGACAAAACUGUUCGUCGGUAUCACCCUUUCAGUAUAGUGCAUCGAGCAUUUUUUCCCAGGCUGUCAAGUUGAAAACGUGACAAUUCUCGGAGAAUGGACUUCCAUAUAUGUCGCGAUUUUGAGGCAGUGAACGUAAAGACAGUCGGAACCGAUUUAUCCAAUGAUGACACUAUAAAUCGCGGACAUGUGCAAAGUAACUUGACAAACGAGGAGCAUUUCGACACGAAAUUUAACUUCAAGGAGGAAGGAGAAUUCCAAAAAGAGGAAUUGGAGGAUAUAAUGCCCUUGUCUCUUCUUCCUAAAGUGGAAUCGAUCCACACAACUGGACAGGAUCAGGGACACUGUGGUGGAGAACAUCAUGUGCUCCAGGAGGGUGUGAACAGUUUGUUGGUAAUCAUCAAAACAGAACCAGAUCCAGAAGAAAUCAGCCCUUCUGUACACAGCAGUGGAAAACGGCACACCCUGCAAGAUUCAGCAGACAUGUCCAAUCCGAUAGCUUCUUGCAGAGCUCCAUCUGUCCCUAAAGAGAUGUGGGAUUAUGAAUCUAAAGGGGAGAGCCAGCGUACACUUGAGGAUUGGAGCAGUUCAUUGGUUGUAGUUAAGAUGGAACCAGAUGAAGGGGAGGCGAUUUCCAGUGGGGAGCACUCUACUGAACUUGAGCUGGGGGAGAAGUCUUCUCUACCGCCUCUCUGGAAGGCUGAACCAGAUGAUCCGAACAUGCCUUACCCUGCAUUUGACAGAGGCGAUCCACAGCCUCGGUUAUGCAUGAGUUCUGUGCAGCGUGCAGAUCGCAGCGACUCACCGGAGGAAAAUGAGGAUUUGAUUAGUUCCAGUCAGUCUAGACGGCUGUCCUCAGCCAUUAGCCCUGGAAAAGAACUCAACGGACUGAAGUCUUAUUCUUGCACUGAGUGUGGAAAUACGUUCUCCAAAUCCUCAUCCUUCUACAGACACAUGAGAAUCCACACUGGUGAGAGGCCAUACCAGUGCACUCAGUGCAACAAGACUUUCAUUCAGUCAACUUCAUUUAAAGUCCAUCAGCGAAUACAUACUGGAGAGAAGCCGUACCAGUGCUCUGACUGUGGUAAGACUUUUAGGCGUUUGGAUAACCUUCAGAUUCACCAGAGAACACAUACUGGUGAGAAGCCUUACAAAUGCUCCCACUGUCCUAAGACCUUUACUCGGUUAGAUGUCCUCCAGAUCCACCAAAGAAUCCACACAGGGGAGAAACCUUAUCAAUGUACUCACUGCUGUAAGACCUUUACACGGUUGAGUGUCUUUCAAGUCCACCAGAGAAUACACACAGGAGAGAGGCCUUACCAGUGUUCAACCUGUGGGAAACAUUUCGUCGAUGCCUCGAAUCUCAAAAACCAUGAGAGGACACACACACUAGAGAGGCCUUACCAAUGCUCACAGUGUGAGAGAACUUUUAUUCAGCUGGCUCACCUUACGAGCCACCAGAGAAAACACACAGGAGAGAAACCUUACCACUGUUCCAUCUGUGGAAAGAGCUACACCGCAUCCUCUACCCUUCUGUACCAUAAGAGAAAACACACACCCACAUAAACUCAUUUUAUUAAACAAACCAAAAGAAGGUUCUUCUCAGAGUCAGAGUACUCUGGUGGUACAAGAAGUACAAUAAGGUGGGGCAACACUUAAAUGAUUUAGUACUUAAAUCUACCUGAAUGUCAUUUUUGUUAUGUGUGAGAUAUCCAGAGCAGGUACGGCGAAACAGCAGAAGGCAACAGCAGUUAUUAACUUGUGAAUGAAAAGUUUGAUUGUUUGAAAUUUCCACCAUUAAAAGAAGCACUGAAGGCCGUCAGCACAAAUGAACAAAUCUAGUCAUUACACUUUGAUCAUUUAUGUGAGAAUUUUAGUUCUGAUCUUUGAACAGAAGCUGCUUUGAGAUGGCUUAUCAUCGUUUUCCAUUGUGUUCAAAUUGCUAAUAUCUAACUUGUAACUUAUGUACAGUUUCCAGCAAUAAUCAUAUGAUAAAUAAACAUUGAAACUGUUGUAGUUCUUUUAAAUAUGAUAUCCAUAUAAAAAUGCUGAAAGGUUUGUGUAAUAUCUUGGGCUACUAACAGUAUUCUCAGAGCAUCUCCUGGUAACCAACCUGACCACUUCUCUCAGGGCACAGUUGAUUCACGCACUGUUUGUUCUGCUAAGGGGGAAAAAUACUAGAUUACAUAUUUAAUAGUCCUGUUUGCUGGUUACAUUUUUAAACAAACUUUUACCUGCAUUUUUUUAAUCCAAGGGGUGAAAUUUGUGCAGUACCCAACUACAUGCAUCAGAAAGUAUCUUUAUGUUUUUAUUUAGUGUUUCAUAAUGAAACGUAUUACAUCUCUCACCUAAUGUAAAAGCAGCUUGUUUUUCAUUUGUUGCAGUCUUUGCACAAGAAAUAAAAAUAUAUUAUUACAUGUAACCAUCUAAAAGGUGUUCACUGUGAAAUUAGAGCAGUAUAGUUUGCUGAUUACUACAGCAAAUUAUUACUGCUCUGUUAAUUGUCAAGUAUUUGGUUGUUCUGAGGUUGGAAAU